AUGCAGGGGCACUUGGGCCUUGCACCAGUAACUACAAACGGAUCAGUUGUCUCCCCUGAGAAAUAUCACAUUGACAUCUUAGACAAUGGAAGGACCAUCAGUGAUUUCAUAGACUAUAAAAUAAAAGAGCGUGGUUUAUUGAACAAUGAAGAGCCUUUCCAUGUGGCAAAUCUAGACAACAUACUGAAGAGGCACCACAGGUGGAUCACUAACCUCCCUCGAGUCAAGCCUUUCUAUGCAGUGAAGUGCAACAACACAGCAGCAGUUCUGAGGAUGAUGAAUGUUUUGGACACUGGUUUCGACUGUGCUAGCAAGGGUGAGAUCCAGAUGAUGCUGUCCCUCGGAGUGACACCUGAGAAAAUCAUUUACGCACAUACAACCAAACCGAUGUCACACAUCAGAUACGCCUGUGCUCAUGGAGUCGAUAAGAUGACUUUUGAUAAUGAGGAUGAACUCCUAAAAAUUUCUCUGUGUCACCCCAAAGCCAAACUGGUACUCCGCAUCGCAGUGGAUGACUCCAAAUCGUUGGUGAGACUCAAUUCAAAGUUCGGAGCCAGUCUGGAGUCAGUUGGUAAGCUGCUGGAACGUGCUGGAGAGCUCGACUUGGAGGUCAUCGGGGUCAGCUUUCAUGUCGGCAGCGGCUGCACUGACGGCGGGGCGUUCAGGCAGGCCAUAGCAGAUGCACGACGUGUCUUUGACAUGGGGAAUUUGCAGGGAUUCCAGAUGAGACUCUUGGAUAUUGGUGGAGGGUUCUCUGGGGCCGGAGGUGUUCAAGGAUCAUUUGAGGAGGUAAAAUUAAAAAAUAUACAAUUGUAGUGCUUGUUAAUUGGUAACUGGAUCUGCACUUGUAUAGCGCCUUUG